GAACCAAUCAGAGAAGAGACUUUCCAGGAGGAKGAUGGUUCUGCUCAGGAGGUAAAACCCGUUCAGUCUGGGUUCAUCAAGACCAGGUGGAGAUGUUUACCCUGCAGGAACCUCUGGUCUGGACUCUGGUCUGGAUUCUGGUCUGGACUCUGGUCUGGACCAGGAAGUGAAGAACUUCAUGGGUUUUUCUUUUCGCUGGUUGAUCCAAGUCAGCAGAUCCGGCUCAGUUUGAAUAUUUCUCAGAUAAAAACCUCUUUCAGGCUUUAAGAACUUUUUUGUUCUACGUGAACUUUACAAUGAGAACCUGCUGCUGGUUCUGGAGGACCACUUUGACUCUUCUGCUCCUCUUUCAGCCCGGCACCGCCCAGUAUGAGAACUGGAUCUCUGUCCCGGAUCAUGGAUUGUGUCAGUCCAUCUCCAUCCCGCUCUGCUCGGACCUGCCCUACAACCGGACCAUCAUGCCCAACCUGCUGGGUCACAGCAGUCAGGAGGAGGCCGGGCUGGAGGUCCACCAGUUCUACCCUCUGGUCCAGGUCCGGUGCUCCGUGGAGCUCCGGUUCUUCCUGUGCUCCAUGUACGCUCCGGUGUGCACAGUUCUGGACCGGGCCAUCCCACCCUGCAGGUCUCUGUGUGAGCGGGCUCGGCGGGGCUGCGAGGACCUCAUGAACAGGUUCGGUUUCUGGUGGCCUGAGAGUCUGAGUUGUCAGAACCUCCCRGUCCACGGGUCCGGGGAGAUCUGUGUGGGUCAGAACAUGAGUGACUUUAAUAGUUCCACCUCUGAGCCGACUCAGACCACCUGGAUCACCUGCCCCCCACAGCUUCAGGUACCCCCUUACCUGGGGUACCGGUUCCUGGGGGUGGAGGACUGUGGGACUCCCUGUGAGCCCUCAGAGCCCGGGGGACWGAUGUUUUUCACUGAGGAGGACCUCAGGUUCAGCCGGGUCUGGGUCGGGACCUGGUCUGUUCUGUGCUGYCUCAGCACUCUCUUCACCAUCCUCACGUACCUGCUGGACCCUGGGCGGUUCCAGUACCCAGAGAGACCGGUCAUCUUCAUGUCCGGCUGCUACUUCAUGGUGGGGGUGGUCUACGGGGCUGGGUCUCUGCUGGAGGACCGGGCGGUGUGUGUGGACCGGUUCAAGGAGGACGGGUACAGGCUGUUGGUCCAGGGAACCAGGAAGGAGGUCUGCACGGUCCUCUUCAUCAUCCUGGACUUCUUCAACAUGGCCGCCUCUGUGUGGUGGGUCAUCCUGUCCUUUAGCUGGUUCCUGACUGCCGGGCUGAAGUGGGGUCACGAGGCCAUCGAGGUCCACUCCCAGAACUUCCACCUGGCAGCCUGGGUGGUUCCGGCUGUGAAGACCAUCACAGUCCUGGUCCUGGGUCAGGUGGAGGGGGAUCUGCUCACKGGGGUCUGCUACGUAGGACCUACUGAUGCACUCUGGACCUUCGUCCUGACCCCGCUGCUCAGCUUCCUCCUGGUCGGGACCACCUUCCUGCUGGUCGGKUUCSUCUCGUUGGUCCACAUCCGGUCCAUCAUGAAGCAGACCGGCACCAGGACCGAGGGACUGGAGAAGCUGAUGGUUCGGAUCGGUCUGUUCGGAGUUCUGUACGUGGUUCCGAACAUUGCCAUCAUCGCCUGUAACCUGUAUGAGCAGAGGUUCUGGUCGGACUGGGAGUCCACGUGGCGCCUGCGGACCUGCAGACACUUCGGUGUCCCGUGUCCAACCGGAAAUCCAACUCCCACCUCGCCGAGUCUCACCGUCUUUCUGAUCAAGUACCUGAUGACCCUGAUGGUUGGGGUCACGUCCGGGAUCGGGAUCUGCUCAGGGAAGACACUGCAGGCCUGGAGCCGCUUCUUCAAAGACUGAGCGACGAGCAAAAACUGUCCAUCUAACCAAGUUUUAAAAUCUUAUA